AAAUAAAAAAUAAUUUACUCAAAAACAACGAGGAGAGAGGAGGUUCCAUUUAAUUUGGAAAGAUAUUUAAAGCGCUUUAGAAUAUUUCGCAUAAUUUUUUAUCUUUGGAAUAAUGUUUUUAAAUUCUUUUAAAACUUUAAGAUCUUAUUCACAAAAAGUUGCGUUUAACCCAAAGGUACGUCAAACAAAAAUUAAUAAAAUUUUGAUCGCAAAUCGUGGCGAAAUUGCAUGUCGUGUUGUAAAAACAGCGAAACGUUUAGGUGUUCGUACAGUAGCAAUUUAUUCCGAUGCAGAUGUUAAUUCUAUGCAUACAAAAUCGGCUGAUGAAGCGUAUCAUGUUGGUAAAGCCUCGUCACAAGAGUCUUAUUUAAAAGGAGAAAAAAUUUUAGAUAUUGCAAAGUAUAGCGGUUGUCAAGCAAUACAUCCAGGGUAUGGAUUUUUAUCAGAAAAUGUAGAAUUUGCCGAAUUAUGCGAAAAAAAGGGUGUAAUAUUUAUGGGACCGCCGUCUAGCGCAAUACGUGACAUGGGAAUAAAGAGUACAUCAAAAGCUAUAAUGGAUGCUGCUGGUGUACCCAUAAUUCGUGGUUAUCAUGGUGAAGAUCAAUCUAAUGAUAAAUUAUUAGCUGAAGCGGACAAAAUUGGUUUUCCAUUAAUGAUUAAAGCUGUAAGAGGUGGUGGGGGCAAGGGAAUGAGAAUUGUUCAUAAACGUGAUGAAUUUUUGAACGCAUUAGAUUCGGCUCGGAACGAAUCCAGUAAGGCAUUUGGAGAUAGCGCGGUUCUUCUAGAAAAAUUUGUGUCAUCUCCACGUCAUGUUGAAGUUCAAGUUUUUGGAGAUAUGCAUGGAAAUUAUGUUUAUUUAUUUGAAAGAGAUUGUUCAGUACAAAGAAGACAUCAAAAAAUUAUUGAGGAAGCUCCAGCGCCUGGUCUUUCUGAAGAUCUUAGAAAAGAGUUGGGAGAAGCCGCAGUAAGGGCGGCGAGGGCAGUUAAUUAUGUUGGUGCUGGCACCGUAGAAUUUAUCUUAGAUAAAAAUGAUUUAUCUUUCCACUUUAUGGAAAUGAAUACAAGAUUACAGGUUGAGCAUCCAAUAACAGAAAUGAUAACUGGAACUGAUUUAGUGGAAUGGCAAAUUAAAGUAGCUGAAGGGGGAACUCUACCACUGUCGCAGGAAGAAAUUAUUCGAAAAGGGCAUGCUUUUGAAGCAAGAAUCUAUGCUGAAAAUCCAAGAAAUGAUUUCCUUCCUGGUGCUGGUCCUCUAAAAUUUUUGUCGACCCCAUUACCAACUUCAUUUAUACGAAUUGAAACUGGUGUUCAGCAAGGUGAUGAAGUUUCUGUUCAUUAUGAUCCAAUGAUAGCAAAACUAGUAGUUUGGGGUAAUAAUAGAGAUCAAGCUUUGAAUACACUAAUCGAAAGUUUAGGCGAAUAUCAGAUUACAGGACUUGACACUAAUAUAAAUUUUUUGAUUGAUUUGGCAUCUCAUUCGGAAUUUCAAGCUGGAAAUGUUCAUACAGGUUUUAUUGCUGAACAUAUGAGUUCAUUAUUUCCUGAACUGUCUAUUUCCGAACACAUAUUGCUGGAAGGGGCUGGCGCAAUCUUGCUAAAUGAAAUUAAAACUACUAAAAUGAAUUCAAAUUCUAGUGAUCGAGAUCCUUUUGCAUCUACCAAUAUGAGAAUAAAUCAUGAUGUAAUACGAAACUACAAACUCAUAUUUGAUAAUGCAGAAUAUCUCGUUACUAUUAAAUUAAGUGAUGGAGAAAUGGAAGCAAAAGUAAAUGAUGGUAAAUGGAAACAAAUUAAGAUGGGAUUUUUGAAAGAUGAAAAUGAACGUUUUUCUGUACGCAGUUCUAUUAAUGGAUUUUGUUCAACUUUUACAGCAGUUAUAGAUAACGACGAAAUCUCAGUGUUUAAGAAGGAAGGAAAAUACACUUUAAAGCUACCUCAACCUAAAUUUUUAUUAGCUAAAGAUGGUGCUGGUGGUGCAAGUCAAUCAAAAAUAGUUUCUCCAAUGCCUGGUGUUUUAGAGAAGUUGUUUGUGAAAGCGGGUGAUUCAGUUAAAAAAGGCGAUCAACUGGCUGUUAUAAUUGCUAUGAAAAUGGAACAUGUUUUGAAAGCACCGAAAGAUGCUAAAAUCAAAUCGGUUUCCGGAAAUUUGGGUAAAAAUAUUGCUAAAAAUGAAUCUGUGGUUGUAUUUGAAGAUUAACCUAAAAACUAGUACCUUAUUGAAUUAUGUAAAAUCAAUCAAUCAAUUUAAAGUACCAGAUUUAUUGCAUUUAAAAAUGAUCGUGUUCGAACAUCUUAUUUUUUCAUAUUUCUUAUUGUUAACCAAGAAUUUAUAAAAAAUUAAUUUUAUAAAUGUUAUAUUUUUUCAAUUUGUUUAUGUUGUUAAAAAAGUGAAAAAGUAAAAUGCUUUAUAUUUUGUAUUUUAAAUACGAGUAUAUAUUUUUUUAAUAAAUUUGUUAGGAGAAACUAUGUAAUUUUUUAUUAUAAAUAUUCUAAAAUUAACGUAACUUGUUAAAAAUUAAACUGAUAGUUUA